ACCAAGAGCUAUUUUGGAAAUAGAAAGGGAACAAGUAUAUAAAAAUGCAAGAUCCAGAAAUACAAGGAAUGAAGAAGAUGAGCAACAUUUAUGAGUCUGCUGCCAACACACUGGGAAUCUUUAACAGCCCCUGCCUGACCAAGGUUGAGCUGCGUGUGGCGUGCAAAGGCAUUUCUGACAGAGAUGCCCUUUCCAAACCAGACCCCUGUGUCAUCCUCAAGAUGCAGUCUCACGGACAGUGGUUUGAGGUUGACAGGACUGAGGUGAUUCGCACCUGCAUAAACCCAGUGUACUCAAAACUGUUUACUGUGGACUUUUACUUUGAGGAGGUUCAGCGCCUGCGGUUCGAAGUCCAUGACAUCAGCAGCAACCACAAUGGGCUGAAGGAGGCUGACUUCCUUGGUGGCAUGGAGUGCACACUUGGCCAGAUUGUUUCCCAGAGAAAGCUGUCCAAAUCCUUGCUGAAGCAUGGGAACACAGCAGGGAAAUCUUCCAUCACGGUGAUUGCUGAAGAAUUAUCUGGCAAUGACGACUAUGUUGAGCUUGCAUUCAAUGCACGGAAAUUGGAUGACAAGGAUUUCUUCAGUAAAUCUGACCCAUUUCUGGAAAUUUUUCGUAUGAAUGAUGAUGCAACUCAGCAGCUGGUGCACCGAACUGAGGUUGUGAUGAAUAACUUAAGCCCAGCCUGGAAAUCAUUCAAAGUAUCCGUAAAUUCUCUAUGCAGCGGAGACCCAGACCGCCGGCUGAAGUGCAUAGUAUGGGACUGGGACUCCAAUGGCAAGCAUGACUUCAUUGGAGAAUUCACCUCGACAUUCAAGGAGAUGAGAGGAGCAAUGGAAGGGAAACAGGUGCAGUGGGAGUGCAUCAAUCCCAAGUACAAAGCCAAGAAGAAGAAUUACAAGAACUCAGGCAUUGUGAUUCUGAAUCUGUGCAAGAUUCACAAGAUGCACUCUUUCUUGGACUACAUCAUGGGUGGCUGCCAAAUCCAGUUUACAGUAGCUAUAGAUUUCACUGCCUCAAACGGGGACCCCAGGAACAGCUGUUCCUUGCACUACAUCCACCCUUACCAACCCAAUGAGUAUCUGAAAGCUUUGGUAGCUGUGGGGGAGAUUUGCCAAGACUAUGACAGUGACAAAAUGUUCCCUGCCUUUGGGUUUGGCGCCAGGAUACCUCCAGAGUACACGGUCUCUCAUGACUUUGCAAUCAACUUUAAUGAAGACAACCCAGAAUGUGCAGGAAUUCAAGGAGUUGUGGAAGCCUAUCAGAGCUGUCUUCCUAAGCUCCAACUCUAUGGUCCCACCAACAUUGCCCCCAUCAUCCAGAAGGUUGCCAAGUCAGCGUCAGAGGAAACUAACACCAAGGAGGCAUCGCAAUACUUCAUCCUGCUGAUCCUGACAGAUGGUGUCAUCACAGACAUGGCCGACACCCGGGAGGCCAUUGUCCAUGCCUCCCACCUCCCCAUGUCAGUCAUCAUCGUGGGAGUAGGGAACGCUGACUUCAGUGACAUGCAGAUGCUGGAUGGUGAUGAUGGGAUUCUGAGGUCACCCAAGGGGGAGCCUGUUCUUCGAGACAUCGUCCAGUUCGUGCCCUUCAGGAACUUCAAACACGCAUCUCCAGCUGCCCUGGCAAAGAGCGUGUUGGCUGAAGUCCCAAACCAAGUUGUGGACUAUUACAAUGGCAAAGGAAUUAAACCAAAAUGUUCAUCAGAAAUGUAUGAAUCUUCCAGAACACUAGCACCAUGAACUCCCCACACAGUUUUACAGAGUUCUGAAAUACUACUCCUGCUAAUAUUUCAUAUUUAAUACUUCUACUACUCCUGUACUUUAAAAAAACAACAACAUAUACACAUUUAAAAAUAGCACGUUUUGGUGAUUUUUAACUAUCUGACAAUUUUUUUUGCAUGUGUAGCCCUGAGGCCUGGAUCUGUUAAACCCUUGUAUUGUUAACUUUUUACAAAGAAAUACCGAUAAUAAUAACUUACUAUUUACAUUACAGCAUGUCGCCUUGAAAUAAAAUGGUAUCUGUAUCCGUUUUUUUAUACAGGUUUGUUGAAAUUUUGCUAAAUUUCUUAUCUUUACACUCUAAAGCAUUUUGGAACAUUUAUUGAACGUUGAUAGACAAAAUAUACUUGGUUUUAUCUGCUGUAGGAUGAGAGACUUUUUAAAAUGGCAGAUGCAUGGACUGUAUUUUGCAUGUUUAAAAUAAAAAGAGAAAAACCCACA